UUUCUUGACAUCUCUUCAAACACCAUGACACAUCGUAUAGUAAUCCCGGUCUCAAGAAUAUUUUCUUCCUCCAUGCCAAUUCGAUAUACCAUUCCAGUACGCACUGCUUUGCGUACAAGCCUUAUCACUCCCUCUCAAAGGUUGUACAGUGCAAGGCCACAAGAAAAACCCACCGACCCUUUCCAGCGUCCCAAGGUCACCAUUCGCACCAUUCGACGUAUGGCCAAGCAAAAGGAACCUAUUUCCAUGAUGACUGCUCAGGAUUACCCUUCAGGACUCAUGGUAGAUAGAGCGGGAAUUGAUACUUGCUUGGUAGGAGAUUCAUUGGCCAUGGUCACGUUAGGACACGAUACUACAAACCCUGUCACCGUCAAUGAAAUGAUACAUCAUUGCAAAGCUGUUGCUCGUGGAUGCAAGGCUCCUUUCCUCAUUGGCGACCUUCCAUUUGGUAGUUACGAAUCUAAUCCAGAAGAUGCCGUUAAGGUGGCUCUGCGUUUUGUUAAGGAGGGCAAUGUCGAGGCUGUCAAACUUGAGGGUGGAAAGGAAAUGGCCGAAACUGUUAGACGCAUCACCACUGUUGGUAUCCCAGUCCUCGCACACGUUGGACUGACACCUCAGCGACAAGCUUCUUUGGGAGGCUUCAGAGUUCAGGCCAAGACAGCCAAACAAGCUCGAGCACUUCUUGAGGACGCACUUGCUGUGCAAGAAGCUGGUGCUUUUGCCGUGGUUCUCGAAGCAGUUCCCGAAGAGAUUGCCUCCUAUGUCACCCAGCAAUUGACCAUCCCUACCAUUGGUAUUGGUGCUGGUAACGGAUGUUCUGGACAAGUUCUCGUACAAAACGAUGCACUAGGCAUGUUUGAUAGAUUUGUACCAAAAUUCACCAAGCAGUAUGCAAACAUCGGCCAAAUCAUGGUGGACGGUUUGAAAAAAUAUCACGAAGAAGUUAAAUCUCGAGCUUUCCCUGCAAAGGAAAAUACCUACCCCAUUAAUGAAGCGGAGCUUGCUCGGUUCUUUGAGCAACAAGCUGCAGAAAAGAAAGAUGAUGAGGCAUCCGUGAAAGUCGCAAAGGCUGUCACUGCAUGAAUGACGUAGCUCAUCUUCUCUUGAUACUUUACAAGUAUCAUGAAAGCCCUUCAUCCAUUGUCCAAAACACACUUUGGUUUCUAAAUAUCUAUUUCGUGCCAAUUUCAAAAACAAAAAAUAAUCUGUAUAGAAUACCAUUUACCAUCAGCUGCCAUAGCUGUUGAUAGCCAUUCCAUUUUGCUUGUAUUUACUCUCUAUCUCUCUCUCAUAUUCCUUUUUUACUAAAUUUUUGGCAUUAAUCCUCUCUACAUAUACAUUGUUUACAUGCGUUAAAAGAAA